UCCGAUGCAGUCUUUCUUGGCAUCGCCUGCCGUAGAACGGUCUGCUUUCCGAGCCCUGUUCGUCUGACCAGGAACGAUGCAUACAUCCGCCCAUGCCGGCCAGGCCAUGCUGCACCGCCACUCCGAACCUCCGCCAGUCAUGCACCCAUUCGGCCACUGGCCCGGUUACCGGCCCACGCGGUUCUACCGUUCACUUUCAGCCCUGUUGCAUCGCCGCCGAUUGCCAGUGUCCACGAGAUGUGUCCAAUGGCAAUGCUGGCAGGGCACGAACUUGGCCUCGACCCGUCUCAGCAUUUGUGCCCAGUUGCUAGGAGGAUGGCGAAGCACUUCUAUUGUUGUCUGGCUGCCAAAUGCCAUCUUCCAGUGGCCUGGCCGGCAGACAGCCACAAAAGGUUACCUCAUUUCACAAAUUCGACUGCACCUCUGCUCCCAUCUAUCAUCUGA